AUGGACAAUCUCCUACAAUCAGUUCUCCCAACCAAUAUCCACAUCAUUGCAUAUGCGGACGAUAUUGCACUGCUAGUGGCUGGAGAUACUAGAAAAGAAAUAAUCGAAUUAACAGAAAAAGACCUCAUCAUAAUAGAUAGUGCAUUUGAUUAUGAUAUAGGCCGUUAUUUUGGUAAAAAUAUUAAAUUGAAUGAUUUCACUAAAUUUCAAUUGUUAGAAAAUCCAUGGUUUCCAUCCAAUACAUAUAAUUUUCCUUUCUCACUACAUUCAAAAGGUGGUAGAGACGUUAAACGUUUUGUUGGACUCCAUCAUCUUAAAGCUCAUCACUGGCUUGUCCUCUCAGAUCUUCAUCGUGGUCUUUAUUGUAAGUAUUGUGUACUUUUUUCUGGUGAAUAUGGAUCUCACCAGAGUGGUAGUCAACUAGGAAAGUUAGUAAAAAAACCACUUACGUCAUUUGCAAAGCUUUAUGGUAAAGAUGGCUACCUUACAACUCAUGAGAACUCAAAGUAUCAUAAAGAUGCAGUUAGUGCAGGUAAAGACUUUUUAAUAACAUAUCAUGCCCCUCAAUUGGAAGUCAUCAACCAAGUGAAUUCUCAACGGUUAGCUCAGGCACAAGAAAAUCGGUCUCGUCUUCGUCCAAUAAUUGAGACAAUUAUUUUAUGUGGACGGCAAAAUAUUCCUUUACGAGGACACAGAGAUGAUGGCUAUGUUUUAGAUCAAAAUAUUAAGACAAUAGAAUCAUCAGAAUCUGUUAGCAGUGCAAAGAACGAUGGGAACUUUAGGGAACUUUUGCGCUUUCGAGUGGCCGCUGGAGAUACCAAACUUGAGAAUCAUCUUAAAAAUGCAUCAGCCAAUGCAACAUACAUUGGAAAGAACACUCAGAAUGAACUAAUAAAUGCAUGUGGUGAAGAAGUAUUACAAAAUUUAAUUGAAAAAGUACAUCAGUCUCGGUGGUUUUCAAUUAUUUUUGAUGAGACUACAGAUGCCGCACAUAGAGAACAGAUGAGUAUUUCUCUAAGAUAUGUACAUAAUAAGACAAUUCGAGAAGAUUUUAUUUCAUUUGUUGAUUGUUAUGAGUCCAUAAGAUCUGAAGAUAUUGAAGGAAAAGAACGGCGUUUGUCUGGAAAAGUUCUAGGACACAUUGUUAUUGAUUUUUACAACUGUGCAGUAAUGUCAUCGGAGAUUAAUGGUGCUGUUCAAGAGAUACGUAAAGUAGCAAGUUAUGCAAAACGUUGUCCCUGUAUGAACCAUUCGUUAAACAACUCUCUUAAAAGGUCUAAUAAUAUAUUGGCUUGCCAGAAUACUAUAAAUAAAAUGAAAGAAAUAAUAGCUUUCUCAAAUUCAUCCGCCAAAAUAACUAAUGUUUUUCGUACUCUUCUUGGUCGGUCAUUUUCGGGGCUCUGUGAGACACGGUGGCAAGAAAAACAUGACGGAACAAUUCAGUUUUGUACUUAUUUGCCUGAAAAAUGUGAAGGCUUAGAAAAAAUCACCCAUUGGAUUCGUUCUCCAGAUACUUCAACAAAAGCACACUCACUUCUAAAUACAGUAACUUCCAGUGAAUUUAUAGUUACAACAUUUGCCCUUUCCGAUGUUUUAGGAACAACACUUCCUCUUAGUCGAUUACUACAAUCUAUUAAACUAGACGCUGUUACCGCUAUCGAUGCUUAUAAUGAUGUUUUAUCAGUUUUACAAACAAAACGAGAAAAUGCAGAUCCAGUUUUUCAACAAAUCUUUAAAAAGGCACAAAAUAUGGCAUCCAAAUUAGAUGUGGAAAUUAUAAAACCACGAAUAGCAAAAAGGUCAGUUUAUAGAGCAAAUCAACUUAAUUCAGAUUCUAUUCCAGAAGUAUUUUAUAGAAUUUCUAUCUAUAUACCAAUCUUAGAUUCAGUUAUAAAUGAUCUACAAAACCGCUUUUCGGAAGAUGUCUUAAACUCUUUUGACCUACGAAUUUUGAUGCCAGCUACAAUAGAUUUUGAAGCAUUAAAAAAAUCAGAAGAAAAUAAUGCGAUUUGUUUAGAAGCCGAGUAUGAUGUGUGGCUAGCAAAGUGGAAUCGUGUGAAAAUGAAUAACGGCAAAAUUCCAGAAACAGCUUUAGAAGUACUCGAUGUGUGUGAUGUUGAUAUGUUUCCCGCGAUUCAUACUUUGAUUCAUAUUUUAGCAACUUUGCCAGUCAGUGUAGCGACGGCUGAAAGGUCCUUCUCGACAUUGCGACGGCUUAAAACCUGGUUACGUACACGAAUGGUUGAGGACAGACUCAAUGGUCUCGCUCUUAUGCACAUUCACCGAGACAUAUCUAUAGAUAUAGAUUAA